AUAUGUCUAAGGAUGUCCAGUGCCUGGAGAGAGCACACUGUUUCAACUUUAAAACCUGCUUUACAAAUUGCACCAUUUUUUAUAAAUUGUUGUUCAAAUUCUUCAGUGGCUUUUUAAAGUCAGAAAAAAGUCCUCAAAAGUAAAACAUUACCUCUAAGAUAUACUGUCUAUUUAGGCCUGAUUUGACUACGACUCUGUUGUACUUUACUAUCUUGUUAUUUAUUAACUUCAUGACAUCUUUGUUUUGACUGUGUAAACACUGCGAGCUUACAGCACUCGGUUACAGAAUAUAAGACUUCUCUGCACUGAAUAGAAGGGCCGUUCUGCACCUGAUACAACUGCAAUUGUUUUGAACAUGGCUCUUAACAUGCAUACAAUGAUACAAGUUCUGUUCCUUGUGCUGUGUUCAGGAAUUUUGCUGUUUUCAUUAGCGGCAAACCGUCUGCGAAGGUUUAAUCCUUCAGAGUCCAAGCUUAACUGGACUGAAGCAGGGAAUAAAUGUAUUGGAGAAGGGGGAUCAUUAUUGAGUCUGAAUGACGAAGAGGAUGUCAGUAUGAUACAUAGAUUUCUUGAAAACACAAGUGAAAUUCGUAAGGUUUGGCUUGGUCUGGAACAGAAAAAUACAUCUAUUCCCACUUGGUCAAAUGGAGACAAAUUCAUAUUUGAUGAGUCAACAACAGAAAAACAAGGAAAGCAACUCUGUGAAGCUAUUCAAAACGGAACAUGGAAGGGUUUUAAUUGUUCAGAAAAAAAGGCGUUUAUGUGCCAAAAAGGUAACAAUUACAGCCUUGUAGCAAUUGAGAAAAACUGGUGCCAGGCAAUGCAGCACUGCAAAACACAUUACACAAAUUUAGCGAGUAUCAAUGAUGCACAGCAAAAUGAAGAACUGAGAAAUAAAAGUGAAGGAAAAAGCUUUUGGAUCGGCCUUCAGUAUGAUAAAUUUCAAUGGAUGGACAAUAGUUGUUCAACAUUUAGCUAUGUGGAAGGGUCUGAACCAAAAUGUUUUGUUGUAAAUGUUGAUCAGAAAGGUCAAUGGAACACAGUUCCCUGUAGGAACGACGAGACUACAAUUUGCUAUAAAGGCAAUGUGAAAAUCCGAUUAAUCGAGGAGCCCAAAACUUGGGAGGAGGCUCUUAAUUACUGCACAGCCAAGCAUUCACGCUUCCUUUGGAUCAAGGAUCAGGAGGAUCAGUAUGCUGUAGCACAGUGGUUAAACUUUACAUACACUGGUUCAAACCCUUUGUGGAUCGGUCUGAAGCAGAGUUCUGUCUUUGGAUUCUGGAUUUGGAGUGACCGAAUAGUGAACUAUAAUAAAUGGGAAAAUGGCCAACAACCCGAGAUGCCUUUGUCAAAUCAAUGUGGUGUGAUCAAUGCUGAAACCCACACAUGGAGUGAUGAAAACUGUUGGAGUCAGCUACCUUUCCUUUGUGAGGAGGAUAUUAUAUACAUGUGAAAGUAAACUUGGAGCUUGUAUGUCAUGAAAGAUUAUUUACUGUUCAUUGAAUCUUACCACUGAGUGUCUGGCAAUUUGUAAGAUAAUGAUGCUAACAAUAAUUUUAAAAAUCCUAAUUAUAUUAUGUGAAAUGUUUAAUUUCUCUUUUGUGUAGUUUUUGACAAGAUAAGUUUUCAGUUCUGUCUAACAGAUAUUUCUGCAAGAGACCUUCCGGUGCCUUUUCACCUCAAUCCUCAAUAUUUUUGGUGAUUAAAAAUCUGGAUUUUCUAAAACUGAUAUUUUAAUAUGGAGAUCUUUUAAAAGUGUGCACUAGAUACUUGGUUAUUUUUAGAUGCAAUGAUACAAAGGGACACUUUGCACAUGUCUAGAAAAGCUGUAUCUGCUUAAUAAGCACAAGAAUAGAGCUUUCUUGUGAGUUUUCUCGCAUUACUGUCUUGACUCAAUUUCGAUUGAACCUUUGCAGAUUGUUGUGAAUUUGCCUAAAACCACUUUGUCUUGAUGCAGCCAUGGAUGAUGUUUGUAUCUCACCAACAACUGUUGAUGCAUAUUUCACUCACACCGAGGACUUUAUUGGAAGCAAUUUGUCUAAAUCUAGUUCUGAGUUAUGCCAAAGUAUUCCUAAUGGUAUUAAUUUGAUAACGUAUAUGCUUUGUAAAAACCCAUAUUCCUAGCACUGGAUUUUCCAUACUAAAGAUCUUCAACUUUUUAGUACUGAUGUCAGUUUCACCACUACCUACAGGUAGGGCAGCAUUUUAACUGGUAUGCUCAAGAGUGUACAGUAGAUGCAGAUUUUUUUUAAUAAAAGGACAAAUAUCUGUUAGAUCUGUAAAUAAAUACAUGUUCUAAUGAAAUGAUUGACUAUAUAAUCAUCUAUUAAAUAAAACCACAAUUAAGAAAGGCCCAUUGUGCAACACA